CUUGGCUGUGUAUAAAUAGGGCAGACAUUUGGGCUCUCCCCAAACCUCUCUGUUCAUCACUUCCUCUCUCCGGGUCUGGUCUCAAUUGGCAUCAUGGCAUACCCCUUGGAACAGGCCCUGGACAUGAUGGUGUCUACCUUCCACAAAUACUCGGGCAAAGAGGGGGAUAAGUUCAAGCUUAACAAGUCCGAACUGAAGGAGUUGCUGACCAGGGAGCUGCCCAGCUUCCUGGGGAAAAGGACUGAUGAAGCUGGAUUCCAGAAGCUGAUGAACAACUUGGACAGCAACAGGGAUAACGAGAUAGACUUUCAGGAGUACUGCAUCUUCCUCUCCUGCAUUGCCAUGAUGUGCAAUGAAUUCUUUGAAGGCUGCCCAGAUAAACAGCCCCGGAAGAAGUGAAGACUCCUCAGAUGGAGUGUGGGGGUGUGGUCUGCCAGGGGGCCUCUUCCCUGGUGGCUCUGAGCAUAGUGCCUUACUCUGGCUUCUUCUGUGCACAAUGCUGAGCAAGUUUAAUAAACAGUUUUGAAACUA